AAUAAAUCCCUGCCAGCCCGAGUCCUACAUAAUUCAAACCGAUUGUUACUUUGCAAUUGGUAGGCAUUUUAUUUUUAAUGUACAAAUAAUGAUUGUUGACAAUAGAAAUACUUAUUCAUGAUCAGUGUUGCUUGAUUAAGUCAGUAUUAUUAAUUAUGUUUAAAUGAAUAUAAAUUAUUCUAUAUAUAAGAAGUAUAAGUUAUUGUCAAGGAGUCAUCUAUACAUAUAUUUUUGCAUACAGGGACUUACAACACGAGUUAAAUUCCGCCGUGAUUUCAUUCUCAUUGAUACCCAAGCCACUGGGCAAACUAAAACAUCCAAUUGAAAUAACGUUUCAAACAUUAAAGAAAGAGCUUGAUGAUCCGAAGUGUGUAUAUUGGAAAAACAUUGAAGGAUCGCAGGGAUAUUGGUCUUCAGAAGGUUGUUGGCUUCACCAAUACAUGAGGCAAGAUGGUGUUAUUGUUUGUAAGUGUAAUCAUCUGACUAGCUUUGCUGUACUGAUGAGCCUUUCGCCUGGCCUGGCUUCACAUCACUACAAGGUGUUGAGUAUCAUCACCCAGAUCGGGCUGACUAUCUCAAUGGUGUUUUUAGCCCUGAAUGUGUUUAUCUUUAUCUUAUUUUGGAGAUACGUAAAGUCAGCGCAAUCGAUCAUGAAACUGAACCUUUCAUGUGUAUUAUUUUUAGCAAAUCUGAUAUUUUUGAUAGGAAUAGACAAAACCACUAAUGAGGUUGUGUGUUCAACUGUAGCAGUGCUCCUUCAUCUACUCUACCUAAUGGUGUUCUUUGUUAUGCUAGUCCUUGGCCUUCAUAUGCUCAACGGUGUUUUAAAUCCCACUUAUCUUGGAGACAACACAUUGCGCAACCUGUUGGCUUCUUAUGGUACAGCAGUGUUUGUUGUUGCAGUGUCUGUAGGAUCCACUCAGCUUAAAGGAUACGGCACUGACAAGUAUUGUUGGCUGUCGACAGAGACUGGGCUAAUUUGGGCAUUUCUUAUACCUGUCAUUGUCAUCAUAACUAUUAAUUUCACAAUUGUUGUGGUGGUAUUUAAGAUUAUGUUCAACACAACCCAGAUGACGAGGAAGACCAGUUUCAAUCGAGUAAAGGCUGGAGUAAGAGGAUUUAUAGUGUUGUUACCUGUUAUGGGACUCACUUGGAUAAUUGGAAUCUUCGCAUUUGACUCGAACAUGGUUGUCUUUCACUACCUGUUCUCAAUUCUGAAUAGUUUACAAGAGUAUGAAUGA